AUGGCAGUCCUGGAUUUAUAUGGCCGAGCGGCUAAGUUAGGUAUUGAUCUCUCUCAGGUCAACUUCGAUUCUGUUCUCCUUCCUCCUGGAGAGAACUUUGGAAUCGAGAGUGACGACGAAGAUGUUUACGUAAAUGAUGAAAACUUUGAGACAGGGUUUGGUAAUAUCAUCGUCGUUGAUCAACUCCCAGUUGUCGGUAUGGACAAGUUUGAGAAACUUGAAAAAAAACUUUGCGAAUCAUACAAUAAGCUAGGAGUAAUCAAGGAAGGUGGAUUCGCUAUGCCCGUUGAUUCAGAUACCAACAAGACCUUAGGUUACUGUUUUAUUGAAUUCAAUACCCGUCAGGAAGCUGAAAGGGCUAAAGAGAAGACUCAUGGCUACCAUUUCGGCAAGGACAUUAACUUGGCCGUUUAUAUGUUUGAUGAUAUUGAGAGGUUGAUGAAUAUGAAUGAGGAGUGGGAGCCUCCUCAAACCAAGCCUUACGCCCCAAAAGAAACUAUGAAUCUGCAAACUUGGCUUACCGAUGAAAAGGCUCGGGAUCAGUUUGUAGUAAGAUGUGGCCCUGAUACUGAAGUUUCAUGGAACGAUACAAGGCAUUUGAAGUCUGAAUCUGUUCAUAAGCUUCAAAACUGGACGGAGAGUUUUGUUCAAUGGUCUCCUUUAGGGACAUACCUAGUGACACUUCACAGGCCAGGGGUAGCUCUUUGCGGUGGUGCUACUACUUUUAAACCUCUCAUGCAUUAUAAACAUCCAAUGGUACAACUUGUAGAUGUUUCCCCAGGUGAGAACUACUUGGUAACCUACAAUAGCCAGACACCAAACAACCCAAACGAUGCAACUCAAGUUGAUAUAAAGAUCUUUGAUGUGAAAAGCCGUAGACUAAUGAGAGGUUUUCAAGGAAGUGCUGAUGAAUUUUCAGUUGGAGGAUCUAGCUUAUCAUGGCCUGUUUUCAAAUGGGCUGGUGGAAGAGAUGAUAAGUACUUUGCUAGACUUAGAAAGAACACAAUCUCCGUUUAUGAAACUAAGACUUUCAGCUUAAUUGACAAGAAAUCAAUGAAGGUUGAUAAUGUUGUGGACAUCUGUUGGUCUCCUACUGAUUCCAUCCUUGCACUAUUUGUUCCUGAGCUAGGUGAUGGUAACCAGCCUGCUAGGGUCGCUCUUGUGCAACUCCCUAGCAAGGUGGAGAUAAGGCAGAAGAAUCUUUUCAACGUGAGUGACUGCAAAAUGUACUGGCAGAGCAAUGAAGCCUAUCUAGCUGUCAAGGUGGACCGAUACGGAUCGAAAUCAAAGAAGAGAAUAGAGUCAGGGCUUGAGAUUUUCAGAGUUAAAGAAAAAGAUAUUCCAGUAGAGGUUCUUGAGCUUGACAAGAAGAAUGAUAAGAUCAUUGAGUUCUCUUGGGAGCCAAAGGGUCACAGAUUCGCCGUGAUCCACGGCGACUUACCGAGACCAGAUGUCAGUUUCUACUCAGUGGAGAACCCUGGAAGAGUUUCAAAGCUAGUUACUCUCAAGGCCAAGCAAGCCAAUGCCCUCUUCUGGUCUCCCAAUGGCAAGCACAUGGUCCUAGCUGAUGGGUUAAAUGGCAAGCUUGAGUUUUACAAUGUGGAUAUGCUUAUGACUAUGGCAACUGUUGACAACUUCAUGGCCACAGAUAUCAAAUGGGAUCCAACUGGAAGGUACGUUGCAACUACAGUGACAUCAUCUGUCCAUGAGAUGGAGGAUGGGUUUUACAUUUGGUCCUUGUAUGGGAAGUUGCUUUACCAAACACGCAAGGAACAAGUUUUUCAAUUUGCUUGGCGUCCAAGGCCACCCUCUUUGUUGUCAGAGCAAAAGGAAAAAGAGGUGAAAAAGAAUCUGAGGCAGUACGUGGUGAGGUACGAGGAAGAAGACGAAGAGGUGGUGGCUUUGUUGAGCAGACAAGAGAUGGAGAAGAGGAGAGUGAUGGAAGAAGAAUGGGAGAUGUGGAUAGACAAGUGGAAGCAGCUGCAUGAGGAAGAGAAACUCCAAAGGCAAAAUCUUCUUGGUGAGGAAGAAGAAGACGAAGAGGAAGAGGAAGAGGAAGAAGAGCAUUAUUAUGAGACCGUUGAGGAAUUGAUCGAUGUAUGUGAGGAAGUUGUCUCCUUUGAACCAUGA